GUUCCCCAGUGACUGCCCUGAAGAAUGAGAUCGACCGUCGCCUCGCGAUGACCAAUGGUGUGGAUAUACCACCUCCCACGUUAGAAGAAGAAAAGGUAGAUUUCUACUACGAACAGCAACGACAGUCGCUACUCAAUAAUUUCACGGCCAGCUUCAACCUCCCGCCUCAGCAGGAGGGCGGGGACAACGGGAUGUACAUCUACGGGCCCUCGCCUACGCGGAGCGGAGGGGGGAAUCCUUUAGAGGAGGAGGCGGCUCUUUACGCAGAGGAACAUAUGCAUCAACAGCAGCAGCAGAGGGGAAGAGAUCCGAAUCGACACGGUGGCCGUGCAGAGAUAGGAGGUCACUCGCAGGAAUCGAGUCAAGGUCACAGAGGCCGCGGCCAGACGCGAGUGCUAAACUCCCACCAUUUGUCGGCUCAUAGGUCUCAGUCGGGCGACCGGAACGGGGGUGGCGUCCCACGCUACCAGAAUGACAGUCCUUUUCAGAGGGAGCCGCAGGAGCCCAGCCCACGGCAGAGUCAAAGGU